CCAAGAGUGUUCUACCGAUAAGCAUCUCGUCACUGCGAGUGCGUAGCAGAACAGUUCACUAGAACUGUGUAUCGUUUAUAGUCUUCUGCGAAUCCCACGUGUCCUAUCGAAUAAAUCAUCCUUUGACACGUCUCCGGAGAUUUUCUUCCGUCCAUCAGGAGCCACGACGACGAACCGAAUAAAAGGGCAAAAUAAAGAAAAGCGUUGCCGCGUAGCUAGGUCGAAAGGAACCAUUUUGGACCUUGAUUCCGCAUAAUUUCAUCAUUACGAGUCACCGCAAUCACAAUUUCACCUUCUUCGCUGGGCUGGGUUGGGCUGGGCUGCGGCUCGAGUCGGAACCCGUAAUCAAAUAAAUCCGAGCAUCCGCACAAAAAGGUGAAGCCGAACCCUUUUUUCUCGACCCUCCGCCCCAUUAUUGGCGCGAAUUCUGACGAAACCGGGUCAUAAAUCUAAAUUUGCGCAAUUCAGUGGAUCGGAAAAAAAAGAGUAGCGAACAAAAACCGAACGACUCGCUACGCUAUCAGUGACCGUGAACUUUUCAAAAUGAAUCAACAACUGUAGUAUGCGAAAAUGUGAAGAAAGUUCAUAAAAUAAGCCUCCUGAAGCCUCCGAGCAACGUGUUAAGCCGGAUUCUGCGAAACGACAAAAACGGCCAAAAACCCAUUUCCGCUCUUACUGCCGGUAAGGAAUAACUCUGUAAUGCCUCCUCCAGUGGAACUCCGAAAAAUGAUACAAAAGUUAACAUCGAUCGAUCAAGAAAAACGGUCAACCAAUUAUACUGGAUCCGUUGAUGUUGGUUUGCCACCGUCUUCGAUGGGAAAAGGUCAGCAGGAGAAACAACAAGGAACCAAAUUUAUUCGGCCUUGUCAUCAGCGUUCACAUCGCGAGCAGCAACAACAUAAGCAUCUGCAGCAACGUCAGUCUCGAAUCCUGUUUGAUGGGAUACCUCUGAGCUCCAAUACUACAACUCGCACCAAACACCAACAAAAGACGAGUGAUAAUGUCAAUCAGCCUAACAAGAAGAACCCGGUGGUAAAAGCGCACCUGGUUGAAAUACCCAAAAGAAAAAAGGUUGAAGAUAGGCUAGGACUAGGGCAGCAUCAGAACCCGAAAAGCGUAACAACUGGCAGCGAGCAUGGAACACGGACGUCCACGGGUACGGGAAUGUCACUGGCGCAAAUCAAAUCAAAGGUUAGUCUGGUGGGCGGGAAUGCUUUUUGUUAAUGUGGAAUGUUUGAUUCCGUCAAGUGGGGUUCAAGAAAUGGGAACCAGA